UGCAUAAUGUCCAUUAGACAAUGAAACAGUAGACCAACUUACGGAUCAAUACGGUAUAUCAUGGCCGACCCCGAGAGAACUAGAUUAGUGGUGCUUGGUGAUGCUGGUGUUGGAAAGAGUGCAAUUUGCAAACGGUUUUUGUACAACUCGUUUUGCUCCAAGUACAAGACGACGGUAGAGGAUCUUUACAGUAAAGAAUUCAACGUCGGCACAACCCAACAGCUCAAAGUGGACAUCUUGGACACGUGCGGCAACCCGCAGUUUCCGGCCAUGCGGCGGUUAAGCAUAGCCAAUGCAAACGCAUUCUUGUUCGUCUAUUCGAUUGAUUGCGAACGGUCUUUCGAGACAGUCAAGCGAAACUUCGAAGAAGUACGCGAACAGCGUGAAGACUACCAAAUGCUGCCAAUUGUAGUGGCCGGUAACAAACUUGACCUGCCAGCCGACCAUAGACGCGUUACUGUGGAAGACGCUUCUGAAUGGCUAUACUGUGAACUACCGAAAAUGAGGGUUAAGUUGAUCGAGUGUUCAGCUAAGGACAACGUAAACGUGCGUGAUCUAUUCAAAUGCUUGUUAGUGUUGUCCCGGAAACUGAACGGGACGGGAGACCAGGCGGCGUGCCCGCUGAAACGUCGGUCCAGCGCAUACGUCAGCCACACCAAAUCAUCGAGACGGGCCGCGGACAAUGCGGAAACAUCCACUAUUUCCGGUUCGACGGGUGGCGCUUCCGGUCACGGCCGCGACGAGCACCAACUACAGCAGCAACAACAGGAACGGGCGAAACCGCGCAGCCGCAGCUUGAUCAGACGAUGCAGCCGGAAGGCCAAACAACAAAUUAGGGACACGACCACCGGUGGCGGUGGAGGUGGGGGUAAUGGCGGUGGCGUGGACGAUUGCAACGUCAGCUAAAUGACCACAUAAAAAUAUUAUAAUAUACGAUAUACACAAUAUACCUACAUAAGCUAAUAAUAGGGUCUUCGGUUGUCCGAUAAAAACAAACUUCGCACUCGUACACAGUUCGUUACAAUUUUCGUCAUUUUUUACCCAUCGUGAUGUCACGUAUACCUAUAAUCUUUGGUUACCAACUGACAUCUCACCAUAUUAUUUAACAAGUUUAUAUUAUUGUUUAUCGAUUUUUUUACCAACGUCCUCUCCACUAUGAAACUGGCACCCAACAUUUUAUUUUUUGCCGUUUACUUUAAAGCCUUUAGCUAGUUAUUUUUAAUUUUUUUUUUUUUUUUUUGUUCUUUCUGUUUCAUUAUACAACCAUACUGACCUUUAAACAUUGAUUAACAUUUUGUUCAUUUCGGGUGUGCUCAAAUAAUAAAUACUAUUUUGUGCGUCGUUGACGCACCUCGUAAAGUAUUUAAUCAGAUAUAAUUAUAUAAAGUACCUUAGAGUAUUAUGUAUAGAAAUUGUAUAAUGAUAAUAAAAUAAUAAUUAAAUAAACGUCUCUUCAGUGGUAUUAUGUAUAAUGUGUUUACGACUAAAUAUUAAGAACAACAUACAUUUUCAAGUUUCACAUCUUCCAUACAAAUUUUGUGUAUAAUAUAUUAUAUGCACAUUCGGUAUAUAUUUCGUUAAUUCAUAUUUAUCAGUCUAAUGUAGCCGACACUGCAGUUAGAAUAUUGAAACAACAAAAUCACUUUUUUUAUCUCUAUAUUAUAUUAUAUUUCUUGCACCAACCGUUCUCUUA